AUGGCGGCGACUUCAGCCAACACGAGCAGCUUCGAGUUUGAUCUACUCGGCUUUGAAAGUGAAACCCUAGGUUUCGUACUCGGACAUGGAGGGGACUUGGAACUGUCUUUCUUAGUGGUUCUAGUAUCGUACUCUCUAGCGGCAACAUCGGCCAACAUCUUCAGAUCAUUCCGGUUGUCCGGUGGUGAAGCCCUAGGAUUAUCAUGGUCCUUCAUUUACGAACGAAGCGUUGUGUGCAAGAAGAGAAAAAAGAAAGAAUCGAGAGAGAGAAAAUUAUCGUAA